AUGAGGACCAGAGAGUCAAUGCCCAGCCCUUUUCGUAUGUUUAUAACAGGUGGUGUUGGAACUGGUAAAAGCCAUGUAAUAAGUGUCGUCAAAGAGCAUGUAGAAAGAGCUCAUAUUGGUGCUGGAAAUACUUUUGUUUUAAUGUCACCAACUGGUGUUGCAGCCUUUAAUAUUGGUGGAUUAACUGUUCACCGGGCUCUCAAUCUUCCUGUAAAGCAUGGACACUCCACUGCCUAUAGAAAGCUUGGAGGUGAGACAUUAAAGGAACUAAGACAAUCCUGGAAAUAUGUCAACACCAUAAUAAUAGAUGAGAUAAGUAUGGUCUCAUACUUAACAAUGUCCUUCAUUCACAAGAGGCUAACUGAAAUUAAAGGAACAGAUGACACUGAGGUUCUCUUUGGAGGACUAAAUGUCAUUGCAGUAGGUGACUUCUAUCAGUUGCCACCAGUGAGGGACAAAUUUGUAUUUGAAGAUGGCAGAGGCUGCAAUCCAGGCUCAACACACUUGUGGAGGGAUGAGUUCAAAUUAGUAGAACUAACUCACCAUAUGAGACAAAGAGGAGACACACAAUAUUCAGAAAUUCUCAAUCGUGUGAGAAUUGGUUCUCAGACAAAGUCUGACAUCAGUGUACUCCGAUCAAGAUUGACAAGUUGUAUCAGGGAUCCCAUUAAUGUCAGUCAACCUCCAUUUGUUGAUGCAUUACGUCCAAUGCUUUUAAAAGAACAAGUAGAAGAAUAUAAUGACAUAAAGUCAACAACACUAAUCCCUGGUGUAGUAGCACGUGAAGAAGUCCCAGAUUCGCUCAUACCUUCCAGUGAUAGAGAUUGUGCUGGCUUAUCACGUAAAGUGAUGUUAGCCAUAGGAGCACAGGUUAUGUUACGACGUAACAUUUUAUGUGAGGAAGGAUUAGUAAAUGGAGCUAGAGGAAUAAUUGUGGGUUUCUCUUGGCCAAAUGGAGCUGAUGAUCAAUCAAAGAAAGGGGACUUACCACAAAAAGUAUAUGUAAAAUUUCAUGACCCUCUUGUAGGUCUAGUGAGCUGUGACACAAUUGAUGAUUCAUUAGAACAAGAAGCUGUUCAAAUAGAACCAGUCACGGCCAAGUUCUAUGACAAGCAAGGAGUAACAUUACAGCGUACACAAUUACCAUUACUACCUUGCUGGGCAGCUACCAGACAUAAGGUUCAGGGUCUAUCUCUUAAUGCUGAUGUUAUCGAUCUAGGUCCUAAAAUGUUUGAAGAUGGAAUGGCAUACGUUGCCUUAAGUAGAGUAAGAACACUUCAAGGAGUUGCUCAACUAGGACUAGUCGAAAAGAAAAUCACAUUAUCAACAGUGGCAAAUGAUGAAAUGAAUAGACUAAGGAACCAUAGAUUAUAA